AUGCGCGUCGAGGUUACUAGUCCGCACGCCGCCGCGCUCGCGUCGCUAGAUGCGCCCACGGCCCUCCCGCCUCUCGGGGCGCCAAUUGCGCCACUUCCUGCGGGCUGGAAGCAGCAAAGGCGCGUGCGAGCGCGCUCUGCCUUCGAAAGCCGUGACCUGAUGGGCGGUGGGGCGGAGGGCUUCCCCGGCUUUCCGGGGCAGGCGGAGCUGACCGCGGAAGGCGCGUUGCGCUCGCCCGCGCUGGCGCGGGAAGCUACGGAAAGCGGAAAGCGCGCGCAGAAACGGCGGAAUAGCAGCGAAUGGGAGCUGUACGCUAGCGGGGAAGAGGCGCGCGGGGAGUGGGGGCGCGGGGAAACGGGCGGACUGGGGGAAACCGGGCGCGGCGGAAAGGACAGCAAGAGCGGGGAUUCGAGCGUGGAGACUCGGCGCGGAGGCAGAGCAGCAGCAGCUAGAGCAGCAGAAGGGGCAGCAGGAAUGGUGGCAGCAGGGGGGAGUGAGGAAGCAGGAUUGCUGGUUGGUGCUGGAAGGAGUGGGGUUGUCGCUGCUGCUGGUUCUGCUCCUGCCGCCCACCGCAGAGCAGCCAGCACUGUGCCCAUUCUGGGCGGCACACUGGCGGUGAACAGUGGUGGCCGGAUGGGCAGUGAGAGUGGAGGGUUUUUGUCUUCUUCUGGUGUGGCUGGGGGUGCUGCUGAAUUCCCUCUGUGGGUGCGGAACAGUGAAGCGGAAUCGUAUCUGCACUCUGCCGCCCACCCAGUGCUGCUGGCUGAGAGUAUGGGGGAGUCAUAA